CUGGUUUGUCCCCGCCACCGCCCCGUAGCUACUUCCGGUUGGUCGCCGUAGCCGCUUCCGGAGUGUCAUGGCGGCGGCGCCGGGGCUGAGCAAGGCCGAGUACCUGCGGCGCUACCUGGGCGGCCCCGACGCGGCGCCCGGCGGGAAGCGGCGCAAGCGGCGCAGGAAGGCGCCGGGCGGCAGUGGUCUGCGCAUCGUGGACGACGACGUGAGCUGGAGCAGCCUGGGCGCCGCCGACGGCCCCGAGCGCGACGAGGAGGAGGACGAUGAAGGCGACGAGCCCGUGGUGGCAGAAUUCAUCGACGAGCGCCCGGACGAAGUGAAGCUGAUGGAAGAAUUCCGAACGAACAGCAAGUGGAAGGUUUUAGGAGAACAGGAUGAAGAUUCCAGAAGCUCAGACCGGUCUCUGACUGCCAAGUCCUUAACCAGUUCAGAAGUGACAAAGCGGAAGAAAAAUAAAAGCUCGCCCGACCCGUCACCGCCACGUCAGGUCCGCCACGACUCGCCUGACCCAUCGCCGCCGCGCCGGGGCCGCCACGACUCGCCUGACCCAUCGCCGCCGCGCCGGGGCCGCCACGACUCGCCUGACCCGUCGCCGCCACUGCACUGGGGCCGUCACGACUCACCCGAUUCAUCCCCGCCACCACGCUGGGGCCGCCACGACUCGCCUCACCUGUUGCUGCACCGGGGCCGCCACGACUCGCCCGACCCGUCACCACCGCGCUGGGGCCGCCACGACUCUCCCGACCCACCACCGCUGCGCCGGGGCCGCCACGACUCGCCUGACCAGCGGCCGUUGCGCCAGGCCCGCCACGACUCACCCGAUCCAUUGCCGCUGUACCGGGGCCGCCACGACUCGCCUGACCCGUUACCACCGCGCCGGGGCCGCCACGACUCGCCUGACCCGUUGCCACCGCGCCGGGGCCGCCACGACUCGCCUGACCCGUUGCCACCGCGCCGGGGCCGCCACGACUCGCCUGACCCGUUGCCACCGCGCCGGGGCCGCCACGACUCGCCUGACCCGUUGCCACCGCGCCGGGGCCGCCACGACUCUCCCGACCCAUCGCCGCCGCGCCGGGGCCGCCACGACUCUCCCGACCCAUCGCCGCCGCGCCGGGGCCGCCACGACUCUCCCGACCCAUCGCCGCCGCGCCGGGGCCGCCACGACUCUCCCGACCCGCUGCCGCCGCGCUGGGGCCGCCACGACUCUCCCGACCCAUCACCGCUGCACCGGGGCCACCACGACUCUCCCGACCCAUCGCCGCCGCGCCGGGGCCGCCACGACUCUCCCAAGAGAGCUCAUUCAGUGUCUGGUAGAAAAGGCAGCAGAGUUGCAGAUGGGUCCUUGCCAGGAGGACAAUCUGUUUCGAAAACGGGCUUCCUGGAGAAGUCGUCCUCGAGCCAGAGGCGCCAGGCUACACCAGAUCUCUCACCUCCUAGGAAGAACCGACACAAGUCUGAGCUAGAAACAUCACCGCCCCAGAGGAAGAGGCCUGGGUCCCCAAGCGGCCCCAAAAGGCCAAGCAGCACAAGAGGUUCUUCUCCAGGCAGUAAGAAGUCCCAGCAGGCAUCGUCUUCCAACAGGCGCCAGAGACAUGAUUUGGACGCUUCGCCACCACGGAAGAGUGCCCAGAACUCUGAUUCAGACCUUUCCCCACCGCGGAGAAAUCCCAGGCCAGGCCACUUGCAUCGUGACUCCCCUCCUGGUCUUGCUCCUUCCAAAAGGCUUCGGGACAAGUCUUCAGAUUCUGAUUUAUCUCCUCCCCGAAGGAGUCAGGCCUCUGGGAAGAAACACCACAGUUCAAGGAGCCCUUCUGACCUCUCGCCACCUCUUCGAGGACAGGACUGUAAAGGAUCUCCCCAGAGAGAGAGAAGAGAAGGCCAGAGAGCUAGUCAGAUGCUGUCUGGGGGAAAAGCUGGAUUGGUGUCGGCCGACCUGCUGCGGCAAGAACAGCAGGAGCUCCGGAGACGGGAUAGAAGUAACAAGCACUUGGAAGAUGAAUCCCAGAAUGCAGAAACUGUCUUCCGAGACAAGUCAGGCCGCAAGAGAGACCUUGCCCAAGAGCGACUUGAGCAGCAGAAGAAAGCGGCGGAGAAGGCUAGGAAAGACGAGCAAUAUGCCAAGUGGGGCAAAGGCCUGGCUCAGAGCAAACAGCAGCAGCAGAAUGUGGAGGAUGCAAUUAAGGAGAUGCAGAAGCCCCUAGCUCGUUAUAUUGAUGACCAGGAAUUGGAUCAGAUGUUGCGGGAGCAGGAAAGAGAAGGAGACCCCAUGGCCAACUUCAUAAAAAAGAGGAAGACAAAAGAGAGCAAGGACAAGAAAGAGAAACCCAGGUACAGUGGACCAGCACCUCCGCUCAACAGGUUUAAUAUAUGGCCUGGCCAUCGCUGGGACGGGGUGGACAGGUCCAAUGGAUUUGAACAGAAGCGCUUUGCUAGACUAGCCAGCAAGAAGGCCGUCCAGGAGCUCGCCUACAAGUGGAGCGUUGAGGACAUGUAAAGCUAAAUGGGAUAGGGGAUGGAGCUUUUGACUUGUUUUCCAGGUGGCAGCGAGACCUCUGUACACCUAGGGCCGCUGCCACAGCUAUACGAGAUGGCUCAUUCUUCCCUGCUGCCCCUAGCCCUCAGUGUUGAACUGAACUGUCUUUGGGGGUCACUGCUGGUUUUCAAGGAGAGCUUACGGUGCUCCUGGAACACGACGGAAAUGGGGUUUCUCUCUCCACUCGGGUAAAGAGAAGAAAAGGUUCCUGGGGUUCAGAGAAGAACUGCAGCUAUACCAUGAGCAACCAGAAGACUUGCUGUCCUAGGAAAAUACAGCACCCAGGAGCGCUUCUGCUCUCUAGGAACCUGCUGCACCAGGUAGAGACAAUGAUUUCUGGCCUGACUCCAUCUUUUUUACCAGUUGAUAUAAAGUCUGUAUUUAAGUCUAUUUUCAGCCAAAUCCAUUUUCCCCCAGGGUUUGUUCCACAGAUCCCUGAUUCUUCUGCUGUCCCAAAUCUCAGGGCCUGUUAUGGGGAGAGGGGAGGGUUAAGAAAAACUCGUUUGUAGGGGCAGAAUUCUUUUAUGCACUAGGACUAUGAGUGAGAUGUCCAUGCAAUGCCAGCAAGUAUUUGCAGGUAGUGAUGACAGCGAGGCCUUCACCACUGGCUGACUUGCCUCUGGCAGAUCUAUCUGGUAUCAGUGGUGACAAAGUCAAAAAUAGCUGUGUUUUCGAUAAGUUCAGGUGGCUUCUCUGCCUUGUAGGGAACAUUUAUAACGUAGACGUUUCUCCUAGUUCUCAUCUGAGCAGUGAUAGGCAGCGAAAUGUUCACCAGCAACUGCUGCUCCAGUUAGAGCAGGGGGUCUCCAGGGACUGGUGGUCACUGUCUGGAGGAAGGGGUAUGGGUGGAAAAUGGUAUUGUUGUGGUACAGAUUGUUGCUGUAUCUGAUGCAGCAAAGCCCCCCCGUGCAGAAGCUCCCGCAGCCAGUCUAAGGCUACUUAUUAGUGAGAAGAUGCAAGUAAAUGGGGGGUUUAAAUGAUUUCAGCCCGAUGUUGUUUUCUUUUGGGAUCUGAUGGCAGGGAGCCGGGGCGUGGUUCCAGGAGAGCAUCCUUGAUUCCAUUAGACAGGCUUGGCAGUUGCUCAGUUGCCAUGUCUCAGCCCAGCCAUCUGUCAGCUGAGACCAGAAAUGUAAUUGUACUAGAGCAGACCUCUUAAACAAACCAGGCCAAGACUCUGAGCUACGGCUCGUGCAGAAACAGUUGGCCUGUUCCCUUCUGGAGAGAGAGCACCUCUGGUCGUCAGAGUCCCUCUUUGCUUACACUGCAGAGAAAACGUGUUGAAUGCAGCCAGCUGUUUUCAUGGAAGCUGCCUGCUUGAUGGGAGCUUGGGGCUGGUGAUGUGAAUUGGGCUUUGGCCCUUCUGUGUGCUGGGCCUGGAGAGGCAGUGGGGGGAGACGGUACCACAGAUAUUUUCAUAGGAAAUGUAUGAACCUUGGGCAUCUCCCCUCUGCGAGGUGGUGCAGCCCCUUUUUUAUUUCCUGCAUUGAGCUGAUGGCUCGGAGCCUGUCUGAGGCUCUGCACAACUGUUGUUUAUUAAUAUGUUUGUGCAGUGCAGGGUUUCUUCUUCUUUUUUUUUUUUUUUAAAUCCACAAGAGAAAAUGGGUGAAAAAUAGCCAAGCUGCAGCCAGCUGGAGGAAGGCUUGGACCUGAUUUUUCUAGCAUCUGCUGCCAUCGCAGAGUCUGCAAUUAGUGCAGCUGAACAAAUUGUGCUUCACUAACACCUUUCAAAGUCUGCUGGAACUCGCCCGGGCUGCAAGCAGGCACUUGCUGGACCCCAGCUGCUGUGACAGUCUCCUGCAGCCACCGGGGAACAGCACUUCAGCCUCGUCGCGUGCUGAGAGGCAGAUGCGCACCCCACCUUGCUGCGCAUAAGCUGCUGAGCGUUUAGGCGGCCAGUGGCUGAGGCCAGGAGGGUGCUGAGCUCCUGGGGGAACAGUGGUUUUGCCUGAGUAAUUAAGCUUGGUGACUCUGAGCCUGAGCAGCAUGUGGAAGGGCAGGUAAGAGUGCAGUCGUGGGGCCCUGCUGUAGCCCAUGGAUCAAGGAAAGUGAUCGGGAGAUGGAGUCUCUCACGCCAAGGCCAUAACAGUUGCUAAAGCUAACAGAAGCGUUUCCAGCAUCACAUGCACGCUAAACGCAAUCUUCCUGUUGUGUUCUCCACUGCCUUCACCCACUUCUGGAGUCCAAGGUGAUUGCACCCUCCAGAGGCCUUGCACUAGGCACGGUUGUUCUGGCGACAGGAGGGAGAAGCAGCACAAGGAAGGGCCUGGUUAUACCACAGAUGCUGUGGCGCAAACGCAUACCUACAGUGCAUACUGGCCUGGGGAAAGGUGCGAUACCCAUCGACACUUCCGCCCAUAAUGUGAGAGUUGGAAACACCUUCAGAGUUUUGAAUGGAUGCAAGCUGCCGGCUGCUGCCCUCUGAAGAUCUAGGCGAAUACCCUCGUGUUUUUGUCACCCACUUUCUCCGUUCCACAGUACUGCACUACUGCAUUCCUCUUACUGCAGCCUUGUAGAAAACUGCUGCCCCUGGGUUGGAGAGCACCGUAGUUUUCUCAGGACCAUUCCAACACCACUGCUAAGCAUGAGUUGUCUGAUACCCGUUCGCUGCACUAGCUUAUUUUUUUGCAACUUAUUUUAAAAGUUAAAGUUUUAGGCACUAGCAAAGGCACGUUGUUUGUACACCCAAGUUCAUUAUGAUGUGGAAUUUGUACCAUAAAACUACUGUGUUUUUA